AUGGCGCGCCAGCGGCUGCCGAUCGGCGGUGCCCGCGUGGCGGUCCCGUUCGUGGUGGCCGCGCUGCUCGCCGCCGCGCUGCCUGGGCUCGUGGCGCAGGACCUGGCGGGGGACCGCUUGGCGCUGCUGGCGCUGCGGGACGCGCUGGACAGUGGCCGCCUCCUCCCGUGGAACACCACGGAGCCGUCGCCGUGCGGAUGGCACGGCGUCGUGUGCAGCAACCAGACCCAGGCCGUGCCCCAACGCGUCGUCGAGCUGCGGCUGCCCGGGAAGCGGCUGAUCGGGACGAUACCGCUAGGCACGGUGGGGAACCUCACCGCGCUGCAGGCGCUGUCGCUCCGGCACAACGGCAUCACGGGGGGUAUCCCGGCCGAUAUCGGCAACUGCGGCCAGCUGACCGUGGUGAACCUCACGAGGAACCAGUUCACCGGCGCCGUGCCGGAGGGCUUCUUCUCGCUCGCGGUGCUCAGGAAGGUUGACCUCUCACAGAACCGCCUCACCGGCGGCGUGUCGGAGGAGUUCAACAGGCUCAAGCAGCUGGACACGCUGCUCCUGGACAGCAACGACUUCGCCGGCGCGCUUCCGCCGGGGCUUUACCUUCCCAGCCUCUCGCGCUUCAACGUGUCGUUCAACGCGCAGCUCACUGGCCCCGUGCCGGCGUCUCUCGCCAGGAUGCCCGCGAGCGCGUUCCAAGGCACGGCGCUCUGCGACGGGCCUCUCCCCACGUGCCCCAACUCCACGCCCCCGGCGCCUCCGCCGGCGUCUCCGUCUGCGGGUGGCGGAAAGAAGAAGCCCCUGUCCCGUUGGGCAAUCGUCGGCAUCAUCGCCGGCGCCGCGUUCGUUCUCCUGCUCAUCGUGGGGCUCGUCGCCUCCCUUCGCCGACGCCAGGCGGCGGCGGCGGCGGGGAGGCCCGCGGAUGCUGCGGCGGCCAACGUGCACGAGGCCACCGCGCCUAUAACGGUGACCUUGGCGAGGACGGACAGGGACGCCGUGAAGCAGUCGCACGCCCCGCCGCUCGCGCCGGCGAUGAUCGGCGAAGGCAAGAAGCUGGUCUUCCUGGGGAGCGCACCGGAGAGGCCAUACGACCUGGAGACGCUUCUGCGGGCGUCGGCCGAGGUGCUCGGCAAGGGCCAGCACGGCACCACGUACCGCGCCACGCUCGACGGCGGCGAGCCCGUCCUCGCCGUCAAGCGGCUCCGCGAGGUGCACCUCUACGAGAACGAGUUCCGCAACAAGGCCACCGCGCUUGGUGCGCUCCAUCACCACAACUUGACCCACCUGCGCGCCUACUUCUACAGCAAGGAGGAGAAGCUCCUCGUCUACGACUUCGUCGGCGCCGGCAGCCUCUCUGCCCUCCUGCACGACGGAGGCGCGGAGGGCCGUGCGCGGCUGGACUUCACGGCGCGCGCGCGCAUCGCGCUGGCCGCGGCGCGCGGCGUGGCGUUCAUCCACCAGGGCGGGGCCAAGUCGUCGCACGGCAACAUCAAGUCAUCCAACAUCGUCGUCACCGCCACGCGUGACGGCGCCUACGUCUCCGACUAUGGCAUCGCGCAGCUUACGGGUGCCGCGGCGCCACCGAGGCGGGGCGCCGGGUACCACGCUCCGGAGGUGACAGACGCCCGCAGCGUGCCGCAGAGCGCCGACGUGUACAGUUUCGGCGUCGUGGUGCUGGAGCUGCUCAGCGGGCGCGCGCCCCUGCACGCGCUGCCGGAAGGCGCCGACGGCGUGGACCUGCCGCGGUGGGUGCGGUCCGUUGUGCAGGAGGAGUGGACGUCCGAGGUGUUCGACGCCGCCGUCGCCAACGAGCCGCGCGUCGAGGGGGAGAUGAUGCGGCUGCUGCAGCUCGGCAUUGAGUGCACCGAGCAGCGCACCGACAGGCGACCAACCAUGGCCCAGGUGGAGGCGAGGAUCGAGCGCAUCGUCGAGGACGCCUGCCGGAAAGCCGAUUUCAGCAGCACGGACGGCAGCCGGAGCGUUUCGGCGUGA